UAGAUCUAUCCAGGAAUUGAAGAUAAAUAAGCUACGGUGCAGCUCCUUCUUCCUUACCAGUUUACCAAUAUGGAGCUUAUGGGUUUUCUCUCCAAUCCUAUAUCCUUCACAGUUGCAGCCUUUGCUGUGACACUUUCUAUAUUCACCUUCUUCAAAGUAUUUACAGGGAAGAAGCAGAGAUAUCACCCUAUUGCAGGCACCAUUUUCAAUCAGUUACUGAACUUCAACAGGUUACAUGAUUACAUGACUGAGCUUUCUGCCAAAUAUGGAACUUAUAGGUUGCUCAGCCCUUUCCGUAAUGAGGUCUAUACAGCAGACCCUGCAAAUGUUGAGUACAUACUCAAAACAAACUUCCCAAAUUAUGGAAAGGGGUGGCAUAACUACAGCAUUUUGAGUGAUCUCCUCGGUGAUGGGAUCUUUACUGUCGAUGGUGAGAAGUGGCGCCAUCAGAGAAAGGUGUCAAGUUAUGAGUUCUCAGCAAAGGUGUUAAGGGACUUCAGCAGCAUAGUUUUCCGAAGGAAUGCAGUAAGACUUGCACAAAAACUAUCUGAGGCUGCAACCUCUAAUGAGGUCUUUGAUAUUCAAGAUCUAUUCAUGAAAUCUACCUUGGACUCAAUUUUCAAAGUGGGAUUCGGUGUAGAACUGGAUAGUAUGGGUGGAUCAACAGAGGGGGCCAAGUUUGCCAAUGCUUUUGAUGAUUCAAGUGCUCUGACACUAUGGCGUUAUGUUGAUAUUCUUUGGCCGAUCAAGAAGUAUCUGAAUAUUGGAUCCGAAGCGGAAUUAAGGAAAAAUCUCAAAGUGAUCGACAGUUUCAUGUAUAAACUAAUCCGCAAAAGGAUUGAACAGAAUAAAAACUCACCUAGUGAAGUUUCAUUAAAGAAAGACGAUAUCUUGUCGAGAUUCCUGGAAUUGAAUGAGACUGAUCCAAAGUACUUGAGAGACAUUGUCCUAAAUUUCUUAGUUGCAGGCAGAGACACAACAGCAACUACCCUUUCCUGGUUUCUUUACAUGCUCUGCAAGCAUCCUCACAUACAGGAAAAAAUUGCAAAAGAAGUGAAGGAAGCCACUAAUAUGAAUGAGAAUAAAUCAUUCAAUGAGUUUGCAGCAAGUCUGACUGAGGAAAACCUUGACAAGAUGCAAUAUCUUUUUGCAGCAUUAACUGAAACUCUAAGACUUUAUCCUGCAGUUGCUGUGGAUGGAAAAAUUUGUUUUUCAGAUGAUACCUUGCCAGAUGGAUACAGUGUUAAAAAAGGAGACAUGAUUGCCUACCAACCUUAUGUCAUGGGCAGGAUGAAAUUCAUAUGGGGUGAAGAUGCUGCAGAGUUCAAGCCAGAAAGAUGGUUUGAUGAAGAUGGAGUUUUCCAACAAGAAAGCCCUUCAAAGUUCACAGCUUUCCAGGCUGGCCCAAGAAUUUGUAUUGGAAAGGAGUUUGCUUAUCGGCAGAUGAGGAUCUUUUCAGCUCUCCUGUUAGGCUGCUUUGUGUUCAAGCUGAAUGAUGAAAAGAAACCAGUCCACUACAGAACCAUGCUCAAUCUUCACAUUGAUGGAGGCCUUUUUCUCCGUGUCUCCCAGAGACUGGGGUCAGAAAAACCUAUAAAUGCAUAAGACGUCUGUGCUUCCUUCAUGUCUGCAAUAAUUUCGUUCUUCAUACAACAGUUGCUUGUACAAAACUAUAAGCCAAAUCUAAGGAGCACUAUAAUGUUUUUUCUUCCAUGAUGUACUUGUUUUGAGGUCCCUCUGUGAUUUAGAAUGGGCUCCUAAAAGUGUCAAGGUUGAAUCUGUAUACUUAUCUAUGGA